UCCCAGAAAGGGAUCUGCACUAAAUAAGACAGGAUUUUUAUUUUACUGCAGAAUAGAAACACAAGAACCGCAGACCAUAAGAUCCCAGAACCACACUGAUCAAAAGCCGAACAUAAAGAGAGAGAUGGAGAGAAUUUAAACGACACAGUGAUGACAAGUAAAAGGAACACCGUGUCAAUGCUUUGGUCUGCUUUGCUAUCCCACCUCCUCACACUGCACACAUGCGCAUACGUGCAAGCAGAAUGUCCCGCUCUCUGCUCCUGCAGCGAGAGCCAUCGGACUGUAGACUGUUCCUGGCGUGGACUGAGACACCUGCCUGUCGGACUAGAGCGUAACGUUCAGUCUCUCAACAUGAGCCACAAUCAUCUAUCCGACCUGGACCAUCAUCUGAGCUCCUUCACGCACCUGCGCAUCCUGGACAUCUCCUACAACCGACUGCUCCAUUUUCCCGCCUCCCUCCCCCGGGCUCUGUGGGAACUCGACAUCUCUGGAAACCGUCUUCAUGUGCUUAACAAAGACGACACGGCCUACCAGUGGAACCUUAGGGUUCUGGAUCUGUCGAUCAAUAAGCUUGAGCGUGUCGUCUUCAUCAACAACACGCUCCCAAACCUGAAGUCUCUCAACCUCAGUUACAACAAGUUCUGGACGGUGCCCACCAACAUGCCGCAAAACGUAGAAACGGUGGAUUUGUCCCAUAACACCCUGGUUCAGAUCUUGCCAGGUUCAUUGAAUCGGUUACCCAAGCUGUCUCGGUUAUACUUGCACGCAAACCGCUUCGCCGCGGUUCACUAUGGAGCGUUCAAGCAUCUGCAAGGUCUUGAGGUCAUCGCACUUGGAGACAACCCUUGGGCGUGUGAAGAUGCAGCAAAUAUUAGCCAUCUGUUGCUUUGGACCAAACGUACGUCCGCCAGGGUGUUGGGAUGCCCGUGUCACACGUGGCACACAUGUGGAGAGGCUCAUCUGUCCCGGACGGGAAGCUGGCACUCCGGCACCAACACGUUGUCUCCGUACGUGUUAAGAAUCAACGAGCAGAGUCAUCCAUCUAUCCAAACAGUCACUACACAAUUCUGGUCACUCUUGAACACAAGAGACGACCAAACAGCGACUGGGAGUGCCAAGGAGUCUUUCAUAAUGGAUGCCAAGUCAACUUCAAGAGUUCCCUAUUCAGAUAUAUACACAACUACAGAAGGCCCAGUCACAACUGGCCACUUCACCACCAGCGACAUCAUGAUCUCCACCACCCGCAGGACAACUACUCUCCGUACCCGGAGUGUGAAGAGAGCGAAAAAGGACUUCGGGAGAAACAAAAGUUCAGGAUGUUCCCGUUCGCUCUCCACAUCAGUUUUCUGUAUGCUUCUUUUAACAGCCACAAUGUAAAAUAUCUGAAGGUGUGAAAAUGUGUAAAUGUCCCUCAAAACCAUACACUAUGAAGUCACGCUAACACACGGAUAACAUGUUUCGCACAUUCAGUCAUUAGUUUCACUUUAUGUUAAAAAAUGCAUUAAAUGGAUUUAAACAUUUUGUGUUGGAGCAUAUGGACCAACAAACAGGUUUAUAUUCUCACAAAUCAAAACAAUUCUUUGUUACUGACAUAAAAAUGUAAAUAAAAGUAUUUAAAAACAAAUUUCAUACUUCGUUAUUAAACCCCCCACAAAAAAAUCGACUGAUGCCGUAUUUUAGCACUGUGUGAGGCAAAGAACACUUUCAUUUACUUUAUCAAUAAUAAGUGAGUGAUAAAUUUCAUAAAUAUGACCCGGUCGGGGAUAACCAAGCUAGUAGUUUUUUGUGAUUUACAGUUAAAAAUUUUUUUACAUAAAAUUGUCCUGCAUGAUGUUAAGAACAUUCUGUGAAAAUAUAAUCUCUAACAGAGAUUCUCCACUUUUUGCAUUCAAAUAACAAGCUGUUCCAAUAUCAUGUAAUAAGUACGGCGAAGUUCAAUUGUGCGUGUAUAUGAACCAAUGUUUGCGUUCUCGGGGUAGAGCAGCCAUUUUGAAACGUACAUGAAGAGGAAACAAUGAAAUCCUACAUAAUGCUGUGUAAUGGUCAUUUAUUACUAUUAGAAAAUAUUUGAAGAAAAGCAGACAGGAAGGAAGAAACAUACACAGCAGCUUUUCAAGUUUGAGCUUACUAAAAUCAGGAGAGCCUAUUGACAUUAGCUUCA